CGGGGGCGGCGGGGCCGGGGGCGGCGGGGGCCGCGCCAUGGCCCAGCAGCAGAUGAGCAGCUCGCAGAAGGCGCUGAUGCUGGAGCUGAAGUCGCUGCAGGAGGAGCCGGUGGAAGGCUUCCGCAUCACCCUGGUCGACGAGUCCGACCUCUACAACUGGGAGGUGGCGAUCUUCGGGCCCCCCAACACCCUCUACGAGGGCGGGUAUUUCAAGGCUCACAUUAAAUUUCCUAUUGACUAUCCAUAUUCACCACCUACCUUCAGAUUCCUGACCAAAAUGUGGCACCCCAACAUUUAUGAGAAUGGAGAUGUAUGUAUUUCAAUUCUUCAUCCACCUGUAGAUGACCCACAAAGUGGAGAGCUGCCAUCUGAGAGGUGGAACCCUACCCAAAAUGUCAGGACUAUCUUACUGAGUGUAAUCUCUCUGCUUAAUGAGCCCAACACAUUUUCUCCUGCCAACGUGGAUGCAUCAGUCAUGUUCAGGAAAUGGAGAGACAGUAAAGGAAAGGACAAGGAGUACGCCGAAAUCAUACGGAAGCAGGUUUUGGCUACCAAAGCCGAGGCAGAGAAGGAUGGUGUGAAGGUCCCCACUACGCUAGCAGAGUACUGCAUCAAAACUAAAGUGCCUUCCAAUGACAACAGUUCAGAUUUGCUUUAUGACGACUUGUACGACGAUGACAUUGACGACGAGGACGAGGAGGAGGAGGAUGCCGACUGUUACGAUGAUGAUGAUUCUGGCAAUGAGGAGUCGUGACCUGCUCCCUCGAUGCCCCUGUACUGCCCUGCCGACUCAGGCCAGAAGGGAGCAGCGGUAACCUAGCAGCAGUCCAGCAAAAAAGUGGGGGGGGGGGUGAUAAAAAAAAACAACUUUUGUCUCCUGCUGUCUCCUGUUGUACGGAUCUGUUUGCUCCUUUUUUAUGGACCUCUUAGAGACCCUCCACAGAAUGUCUGAAUUCUUGCAUUCUUAACCCCUUUCAUCACUGUAUUAUGAUUUCUUUUUAAAAAAGAAACUCCCCUUUUCACUUCUCUACGAAAUGCUCACAGCGAAACAGGUUUGCUCGUGUUUAGGUUCUUGAAUUAAAUACAGUCUUGCAUUGAGGUGUUUCAUGUAUUUAACGCUGGAACAAACACAUUGGAAGCUGAGUUUUUGGGAGCUCAAAUGCUGCAUUUACUGAGAAGAAAAAAAAAAUCCACACAAAGCAAAUUGCCAAGGUUUAGCUGCUCCAUUUACAAUAAUAGCGUGUGUACAUUCGUUUAGCCUAGUGGUGGUGGCUUUUCCUUUAUAAGGUCUGGAACGGAGAGUGUAAAGCUACUGUGUGUUGAGCUUCAUGGGAUGUUACUGAAAGGUACAGUAUUCCUUUUCAGCCUGCUCGAGUUAGGUAAUAGCUGGCCCCUGGAGAUCCAGAGGGCACAAUCAGCUUUGUCUCUGAAAAAGGCUUGUGAUAUGAACCCUAAAAUAAACACUUAACACUUCAUGUCUCUACAACUGAGCCCUGGGUUGCUAUUUAUUUUUAUUAUUUUUUUUUUUCAUACUAGGUUGGGGUUGAAAAAGUUCAGUUUAGCCAUGCUGCUGAGAUCUGCUGCCAGCUGCAUCUCUCUGGAGGCAGGAGAACAGAUACGCAUCCUGCUGCCCGGUGGUCCAGAAUUCAUCCCAAACUUUUAUUUUUGGCAGUGGGAGAGACUGCUGGCCUCCUGCCCCAGGGCUUGCGAGCAGCCCUUGCUUCCUGCAGUCCCACUCCAGCACCGGCCUGAGCCCUCUUUCCAAGGCUGGUGUAGGUGACAUGUUGCUCAGUGUGGCCCCACUGAAGCUCUGUGGGGCUGGCAGGAGUCUGAGCUCCCUGUGGUGCUUGCCUGGGUGGCUAGACUGUCCCUGUGUCUGCUGUGGCUGGUGCAGUGGGGAUGCUUGUGUGCUGGGCUGUCCCCUGCCUGGCUGGCUGAGGCAUGGGUGAGCAUGUGCAGCCCUGCAGGAGAGGAGAGCUGGGUGCUUUCAGGCUGGAAGAGAAGGGCAUGUUCCACAGGCUGUUUGGCAGCAUGCUUCAGCCAGGGCACUGAGCUCACCCUCCUGCAUGUUUUGGGAGCUCUUGGCAGACCUUAGGGCCCUCCCUCAUGGGCAGGGGGGAUCCUGCAUGCUGGUCUCUGCAGAACCCUCUUCCUCAGUCCCUCAGCACCCCUCCUUUUGUUGCAGUGUCCUCCUCUUGUUUGGCUGUGGUGCAGUGGCCUGAGUUCACGUGUUGCAUGAUCCCUGGGUCAGCAGCCAGCCCAGGCACUUCCUGGAGCAGCUCCAAGGUGCUGGCCCUGCUGGAGUGGGGCUCUUGGUUCCAGCAGAUUCAGAGGCAGGUGCCCUGGUCAGGGCUGGGGUGUUUGUUGAUGUCCCCCCUUCGUAUAUCUCAGGGUUUUCAAUGGUACUGCGGUCCCUGGAGGGGUGCGUUGGUGGGAGUGAGCUUUGUUCUGCAGUCAGCUGGGUGGCUGUGUCCUGAGGGGAGGAGCAGAAUGAGGAGCCCGAAGUGUGGAAGUGUGCUGCCUGGAGGGAGGAGGAGGAGACAGCACAGCCCUCAGGGAGGGGAGGAAGGCUCUCUUUGAAGUGAACCAGGCAGAUGUUUUUCAAAUGUUGCUUGGCUGGGGUUUGCUGCAGCAAGGACAGUCCCUGCUCCUCUCCUCUGGGGUGUGUGCUGGUGCAUCCCUCUUUCCCCCCCCCCCCAAAAAAAAAAAAAAAAGUAGUGACACCUUUGUCCCCAGUGCCCCUCACAGUGGUCUGCCCUUCUGCUUGCAUGUUACCUGGGGAGGCCACCAGACCCCUUCUGAAGUGUCCCUCAUGGUCUACUUCAGCUUGUCUUUCCAGCAAGGAAUGACUCAGCCCCUGGUGCUUUUUGGAGCUGGCAGCAGGGUUACCCCCUGCAUUUCCUGAUGGUGUGGGGCACUCCCGAGCUUCACUGCAGCCCUGUGAGGGCAGGGCCAGUGUUGGCAAAUGGGUCCCUGGGCCUCCUGCCUGCAGGACUGGUCUCAGGGCUGCCUGGGGAUGGGGAUGCACCAACCUCCAGUGCUGUUAGUGGGUGAAGGAGCCAGGGUAUGGCAAUGCUGGCUGUGCUGACGACUUGGUCUGAAAUGAGCAUACUGCAUCUUUCAGGAUUUCCCUUGUACUUUUGACCGUCUUCACUGUAUACUCUCCAGUGACUUGUAUUUUCAAGCUUGGUGUUGUAAGAUGCAUUAUGUCAACUCUUCUGUUACCCGUUUUUAAAGACAAAAGCAACCUAUUUUGACAGCACCUACAUUAACCAGACUAAUUUCUCUUCCCACUGUCCUGUGCAGUGUCAUUGCUUGUUGACUUACUGGUUUCCUUUUUAUUGUUUUGUUGGGUUUUUUUUGAGAUACAAUCUGAAGUAUGAGGGUUUUUUGGUUUGGUUUUGGUGUUGCUUUUGUUUUGUUUUUUUUAAGCUAUUUAAGAAAUCGCGGAAAAAUGUUUACCUGGUCUGUGUAUUCUGGUUUUUUUAACCCUUUUCUCCUGUCUCAGCCAAUACUAGCGUUUACAUUUGCAACUACAAGCCCCUUCAAAUGCAGUUUUCAACCAUUCUGAAACCAGCAGGGUACACUAGAUUUCUUAGUUGUUUUCUUAGCUAAAAAUCCCAGAUGUUUUCCUUUUUUUUUUUCUUCAGUAUAAUUUACCAGAAAUAAUUAACUGAUGCAUUUUUGUGUUGUCUUCCCCUUCAGUAGUUAUAUUUUGUCUUUUCUGCACAUCUGUCUACUAAUAAAAAUGUGAAAUGAAAAUA